GAACUUCGAUUCACCACGGCCAUGGCCAUGUAGAUAUUGAGUGGCUCGAAGGACAUGCCGAAGAAGUUUCCCACCCAGGUGGGUGAAGGGGCACGCUUCCAGGUGCAGGACAAGUUGGGCGAGGGAUGUUUCGGCGCGGUCUUCCUGGGCACCGAUCAGAAGUGUAACUCUCCUGUGGCGGUCAAGUUUGAGGAUUCGCAAUGUGGCGCGCCAGGCAGUUUGGCGGCUGAGCACAAGCUGCUCAAGAUCAUUAAUGAGCCCGCGCGGCCACAGGGCUUUGUGGAGGUCUUCUUUUUUGGCCGCAUCGGCUCCUUCACCUGCCUUGUCAUGGAGCUCUUGGGGAAGUCAUUGGAGCAGUGCAUGGAGGACUGCAAGGGCAAGAUGGACCCCGUCAGCGCGGUGCUGAUUGCAGAGCAGGCGCUGUGGCGCAUCGAGUAUUUGCACUCCAAAGGAGUGGUUCACAGAGAUAUCAAGCCCGAGAACUUCAUGUACGGCUUGGGCGACAAGGUCCAUCAUUUGCACCUCAUCGACUUUGGACUCAGCGAGGUUUACUGGUCCAGGAAGCACGUGCCCAUGACCUCGGGGAACAGCAUGGUGGGCACCGCCCGCUACUGCUCCAUCAACACGCACAAGGGCAUCAACCAGACGCGUCGGGAUGACUUGGAGGCGAUCGCGCACAUGCUGAUCUACUUCCUGCGGGGCGCUCUCCCCUGGUCAGGCCUUAAGGGCGCCAAGACAGAGAAGGAGAAGUACGAGAUGAUCGGCAAGAAGAAGGAAAGCACACCAAUAGAUGAGCUUUGCGAAGGAAUGCCUGAAGCCUUCGGCUUCCUGCUGGGCUACGGCAGGCGCAUGCGCUUCAACGAGCGCCCAGACUAUCUGCUUUUGUCGCACAAGCUAAAGCGAGCUCGGGAGCAGCUGGGCAUCACGAGUUCGCAUCAGCUGCAAUGGCUCGAUCUAGGCGAAGGUGCUCAGCUGUCCCCCUUGGAGGACGCUCCCAACUUUCUGCAGCCGGAUGACCAGGUAACGGUGGAGACAUCGCAAGGGCGGUGUUUCCCAUUUCUUUGGAGGCAGAAGACUGAAGAGGAGGUGCGCGCUGCUCCUCUCAAGGACAGCGAGUGAGUUAGCUGCGUGGUAAUGCGCAUGGAGGAUGCAAAGCAAAGAGCAAGGGUGCA